AUUGGGGACUUUUCUACUGGCAAAUUUCAUACUCCUAUUAGAUGCACUAUCAUAAAGUCAGACAUUGUAAAUGAGAUUUCCAAUCUGAGCCAAGGAGAUACUACCGGUAGCUAUCAUGGCUCAGAUGCUUUAUGUUCACCUGACCCUGAGGGCGGGUCCCUCUCUAUGGAUAUGUGCUUGCAUAAGGAAGAUGGGUCCCUGAGGCUGUGCACAGACUCUAUGCCAGAGACUGAUGACUCCCUGAUUUAUGAUCCUUCUGUUGGGAAACUGGAUGGAGAGAAGUCACGUCGUAAGCGUUCUCCAGGACGGUCAAGAGUAAAACAUGGCCGAAGUAGCAGCUUUCCUGGAAGAAGGCGACCUCGUGGAGGCAGUGGUGCUGGCAGCAGCCGAGGGCGAGGA